AUGCUGAGAUUUGAGAAGACUGUGAAUACAGACAGAGAUGAUACUAUCAAAGAUAGUGAUGCAGAUGAAAAUAAUUUGAUCUUUAUCUCUGCUGAGAAGACACUCACUUUCUUGAAACAGAAGACCUUGAGUCUGAUCACUCUGAAAUCUACUAAGGAUCAGACUAUUAACUGUAUGACACAGGAUCUGAAGGUGUUGAGACAGCUGCUUAAUCUUGAUAAAUAUAAUCUGAACACCAUGCAGGCUGCUCAGAAGAAGUUAAACAAGAUCAGAGAAUUUGCUAAUGUGAUCUUAGCUGCAGAUAACAUUAUCAAUGAUAAUUAUUUCUUCAAACUGCCUAGUGAGACACACUUCAGUGAUCUCAUGAAUGACAGUCUGUCAGCAGAUGUUGUAUUCUGA